AUGGGUUCAGACUCCGUCACCCAACCGACCGACGCGGCAAUGGACGCAGCGACCGACAACCAGACACAGAGUGGCGAGGUCGAGGUUCGUGAGAGCUCGUCGCAGACUCAGAGCAGUGGAAGUCUUAAAAGAUCUGCCCCGGAUGACGACGACGAUGAUGGAGGUUGGCAGAAGGUGGAACGAUCGAACAAGAAGCGCAAGAAGGUCCCUCGCGAAGGCUCAAACAACUAUCCCGCCAUCACCUUCUCGCCGAGCGCCAAGAUCUUCAGCAAGAUCAACCUCGCGAUGUUGCGCGACCUGAUCCUAUACAUCUUCGCGGACGGUACUGGGCCCAAUUGGGUUUCGGUCUCCCACAGGCCAAACUUUCGAAAGAUUGUCGUUCUGAUGAUACCCGGACUUGAGGAAGCCAUGUUCAAGGCGGCAGUGAACUUUGACAAAUACAAACCGGGCCCGGAUAGCACCCAGGACCGGGUGGAGUCAACGCCUGACGACUACUAUCCUCGGCAGCUCGCCGCCGAAACACUGCCACCUGCGCUUCAAGGAUUCGCCAACAUGUUUCCUCACCUGUGGCCAGUCAAGGCUCCUGGAGACGACAAAUACAUGAAACUUCAUUCGCCCCUGGGCACGUUCUUGACAGCGCCGAUGCCGAAAAACAAGGACGACAGGAAAGGACCCAAGCCGGCGAGGGAGCCCAAUGGAUGGAAGAACGAGCGAACUCCGAUCACCGAGUUUCUGGCCUCACUCGAAGAACUGGAAGUCGCCGGCCACCUGAUUCAUCCAGCUCUCAUCGAGAACGAAGAAAGAAGAGCGGAAACCAAGAUUCCGGAGGGGUGGGUGGUCUCAAAAGUCGACAAGCUCGAGGACGGCGACGUUCCCGAGGCUGAGAUUGAGCAAGGCAGUGUUACGGCUGGCCGAGAGUGCUUGGCGCUGGACUGCGAGAUGUGCAUGACGGGAGAGAGCGAAUACUCUCUUACGCGCAUCAGUAUCAUCUCUUGGUCUGGAGAUCUAAUCAUGGACGAGUUGGUCAAGCCCGAGAAGCCCAUCAUCGACUACGUCACCCGCUUCUCUGGUAUCACAGAGGAGAUGCUGAAGCCUGUGACGACAACUCUGCAAGACAUUCAAAAGAAGCUGCUCGAGCUUGUCACGCCGCGAACCAUCCUUAUCGGACACUCGCUCGAGUCUGAUCUGAAGGCUCUUCGGUUUUCUCACCCUUUCAUCGUCGACACAUCACUCAUCUACCCUCAUCCCCGAGGACCUCCUCUCAAGUCAUCGCUCAAGUGGUUGACCCAAAAAUACAUCAAUCGCGAAAUCCAGAAGGGUGGUGCUAACGGACACAACCCAAUUGAGGAUGCUCGUGCAUGCCUUGACCUAGUCAGACAGAAAUGUGAGAAGGGCAAGCUUUGGGGCGCCUCUGAUUCUCAGGGUGAGAACCUGUUCCGUCGGCUGGCGAGGGCUGGAACAGCAUACAAGGCGCAAGGCGGCAACACAGGAGGCGAAGCUACCGGCAAGACAAGCGCAGCAGUCGAUUGGGGCGACCCGUCCAAGGGACCUGGUGGUGGAGCAACGCACAAGAUUGGCUGCAAGUCCGAUGCAGAUGUCGUCAAUGGUGUUAUCCGCGCCGUGAAGGGAGAUCCGGAUGGACUGGAAAUUCCUGGUGGUGGUGUUGAUUUCGUAUGGGGUCGCAUGCGAGAGCUGGAGGCGCUUCAGGGUUGGUGGAACAAAAACAGAGUCGAAAACGCCAGCAGCGAUGGUGGUCCGCCCGAUUCUACGGAAUUUGAUGCGCAAUUUGGCAAAUCACCUCUCGAGCAGUGCUUGGCCCGUCUCACCAAGCGCCUGCAAGAGAUCCACGACAGCCUGCCGCCUUGCACGGCUUUCAUCGUGUACUCGGGCUCCGGUGACCCACGCGAGAUGAGCAGGCUCCAGGCCAUGCAUUCUCAGUGGAAGCGGGAGUACAACACCCCUGGCAAGAAGUGGGAUCAAUUGUCUGUCAAGUGGACAGACGAAGAGGAGCAAGCUCUCCGACGCGCAGUCAAGAGAGCCAGGCAAAGCGUUGGUUUCAUUGGUGUGAAAUAA